GCGGGUCGGGUGUGUGUGAGCAGUAGUGCUCCUCCUGUCGGGACGCACGCGGAGCCGCAGGGUUUGUGUCACGCUGAAGACACAGCCGAACACGAGCAGAUGAAGGCGGUGCUGAAGACCAGCGUUCAGAGCAGCGACAGCAGCGACACCACUGUGGUUCCACUGCGCACACGCACGCGCACACGGGCCAGCAGAGGACGCUCCGUAUUGGCCGCUGCGAACGAAGAGUCCCCGUGUGCGACGGACGACGCUGCCGAUGACAUCAUGGAGCGGAUCGUGCGUUCGGCGACUCAGAGUCCCAGAGAACGAGCGCAACCCCGCGAACGACGACGCUCACGCGUUAACCGAAAAUCACUGAGACGGACUCUGAAGGGGGGCUUGACCCCAGAAGAAGCCCAGGCGCUGGGAUUCGACACGUCGGAGAUGCCGGUGUAAUGGGACGUCCCGCGCUGAACCACACUGACGCUUCUGCCUUCCCAGAACACACCUCAGGACAACACAACACACACGAUCCCACAGUAAAAACAUCUCGUUAACGAAUCACCUGAUCAUAUAUAGAGUGACGUCACUGCUCCGCCACGCCCUCGUUACAUCACAGCCAAUCACAAGCCUGCACUGUGACUUUAGAACUGAGUGACACGACGUCACAGAAAAGGUGAGAAUGUGUUCUAGCCCCGACUGGACACACACUCAGGGUUUUCUGUUGAAUUAUUUCUGUUUAAAUCUCAUCUCGAAUGGAGAGAACAGAGGAGUGAUGACCUGUAGCUGUUUGGUCAGGGAGAUUGGGAUACUUUUGGUCUAUUUAUUAUAAUGUAUAAGAUGAGAGCAUUGAAUAUGAACACACACGGACUGGAUUUUUUAAAACUAUUGUGGAGUUUUCUAUCUUUUGCCAUAUUGCAGUUCUGGUGUGACACAUGACGUGCGUCUGUGCUUUUUGAAGAACGGCGUGUUUUAUGAUCCUGCCGUCCUCUGUAGGCGUCUUCUGUUCGAGUGUUACGGUAGAUUUCAAUGUGCCUUUGACACAGAAGGAACGAGGAUAAUAAACUCCUUCCUGUG